GGCAGAGGCGCUGGUAGUGCUUGCCUUCACCCCAGGUGACCAUGAGAGGUGCCACGCGAGUCUCAGUGAUGCUCCUCUUGGUGACCGUGUCCGACUGUGCCGUGAUCACCGGGGCCUGCGAGCGGGAUAUCCAGUGCAGGGCGGGCACCUGCUGUGCGGUCAGCCUGUGGCUGCGCGGGCUGCGGGUGUGCACCCCGCUGGGGCGGGCAGGAGAGGAGUGCCACCCCGGCAGCCACAAGGUCCCCUUCUUCAGAAAACGGCAGCACCACGCCUGCCCCUGCCUGCCCAACCUGCUAUGUUCCCGUGGCCUGGACGGCAGGUACCGUUGCUCCACCAACCUGAAGAACAUCAACUUCUAG